ACUUUCUCACACCCUCCUGCUCUCUAUUUCACUUUUCUGUUAGCUAAUUUGAUGACACCUCUCUAUCUGAUCACUUCCAUUAUUGUCACAUACAAGCACGCCAUUCGAAUUCUUUAUUAUGAAUACAAACAAAAACAACAAUGUCAGUAAUGCACGAUUUGAUAAAUAUCUUUGAUUUAAAAUACUUCGAUGUGAUCUAGAUGAACAUGAUUGCCAUUGUAGAUGUUCAUCGCUUUAUUCAUCAUCAUCAUCAUCAUCAGAACUGAGAUCAAUAUGUAUUAAUUCGAUAGAAUGUUCUAUAUAAAUCACGAUCCAAUGAGUACUAUAAAAGGUGAAUACUCACUAGAAAAAUUUCUCAUUUCGUUUAUUUUAGUUCAUCAUGCUGUUUGACUCGUCAUUAUCAUUGACUCUCAUCCUUCUGAUCUUUCUACCAACAAUUUUAACAAUUCCAACUGCUGACCAACAACAACAACAUCGGUAUCGUCGAGGAGUCAUCAAUUUCUUUAGUGAUGUUAAUGAACCAGAAAUUAAAGCUGAUCAUGGUAGUUCAAUCAAUAUGGGUGGUAAUACUGGUGAUCCAAAUGGAAAAAAUACAAGAGAUCCUUGGUUACAUAUGGUUAAACAUCAAACAGGUCGUGUUGUGCAAGGUGGUACCGAUCUUGUGUUAACACCAAUCAAUUGGUUUACAAAUCUGAUAAAUAAUUGGCCUCUCUAUCUCAUUUGCAUGACUAUCAUUAUGUGUUUGUUAGCUUUUUUCUAUUGUACAUGUAAAGCUGGUAUUAUGAAAAAUUUUCUUGUACGUGGACAAAGUAUACCAUUGCCAUUUACCAAUGUUUUGAAACAAUAA